CCAAACACUGCUGGGCUUGAAGAGCCGGUUGGUGGAGUCAUCGUGGGAUUCAUCGGCACCAGCCGCAGAACAUCAGCUGCACAGCCGAGAGCGACAAGUCACCGACCUCCAGCAGCGCAGAGGACAACAUGAGCAACAUGAGCAACAUGAGCAGAUGUCUGAUCAGCCAGGUGGAGGUGCAAAACUUCAUCGAGAGGUGUAUGAUGGCCGUGGGCACCAAGCAGCACCAUGCUCGCAGCCUGGCCGAGGUCCUGGUGGAAGGAGACCACAGAGGCCACUACAGCCACGGACUCAACAGGAUGGACAUGUACGUAAAGGACAUUCAGUCUGGAAUCUGUGCCAAGGACGGUGAGCCGGUGGUGGAGAAGGAGAGCGCAGCCACGGCGCUGGUGGAUGGGAAGAACCUCCUGGGUCCUGUGGUGGGGAACUUCUGUAUGAAUCUGGCCAUAAAGAAGGCCAAAGAAGUUGGUAUUGGCUGGGUGGUGGCACAUGGUUCCAAUCAUUACGGUAUUGCUGGAUACUACGCGAUGCAAGCUCUGAAGGAAAACAUGAUUGGCAUGUCAUUUACCAACACGUCCCCACUGGUGGUUCCUACACGUGCUAAAGAGUGCACGUUGGGCACCAACCCCAUCAGUGUGGCGGCUCCUGCUAAAGACGGAGACAGCUUCGUUCUGGACAUGGCCACAUCAGCAGUCGCACUUGGAAAGGUGGAGCUCCACGAGCGGCGUGGAGACCCCAUUCCUGAGGGCUGGGGCUGUGACGCUCAGGGAAAGCUGACACCAGACCCCAAGAAAGUCCUGAGUGGAGGAGGACUGGUGCCCAUUGGCGGCAGUGAAGCCACAGGAGGGUACAAAGGCUACGGUUUGGGAAUGAUGGUGGAGGUGUUCUGUGGUAUCUUGGCCGGUGCGGCCUACAGCAAACAUGUCCGCACGUGGAAAGUAACAGACCGUGUUGCCAACCUGGGUCAGUGCUUUGUGGCGAUCAACCCAGAGAACUUUGCUCCCGGGUUCAGCGACAGGAUGUCAGACCUGCUGUCCAUCCAGAGAGGCCUGGAUUCUGCUGAUGCCAACACUCCUGUUUUGACUGCUGGAGACCCGGAGAGGAUGAACAUGAAGAAAUGUGAAGAGUUGGGCGGGAUUCCCUAUCACAUCAAUGUCGUAAACUACAUGAAUGAAUGUGCUAAGAAAAUUGGUGCCAGCCCGCUGCUGCCUUGUGACAAGCUUGUCCCCAUUUAACUGGUCAAGAUUAUCAAGGUUGGAAAAUAUGGCACUUUUGUUCAUCUUGAAGUCCAGACUGAGCAACUCGAGAACACGCUUCAUGCACAUUACAUAUACAUAUACUGCAUGUUGACAGUCUUAUUUUAUUCAUCUCAACCACACUCGUUAGGUAUUUUAAUCUUUUUAAACUUCUUUGAGGUUAAAAAAAAUCAUAACUAUGAAAUUUGUAACAAAAUGAAAAUAUCAAAAAUGUUUCUCUUUUAAAGGACUUUUUCAAACAUGUUUUUUUUCGAGACAUCCAAAUCUAAUGCUUUAAACAUGUUGUAUCUCUGACAGUGAAAUACGCACAUUCUUUGUCUGAAGCAUUUGUAAGUCACAGAUUUAUGAAUGAUGGAUGCCUGGGUGUGAAUGAGUUAAUAAAGCUUGUUUGGUUAUGUUGAAAGAUGAGCCAAAGUCAAUGUGGUUUGCUGUCAUUACUGACAGUGUUACUUGACAGUUGGGACACUCCCUGUUAGAGAGCCAUUUGACUUUGCUCAGGAUAUAAUGCAGUGUAAUUUUAUAGCUGUGCAAUAAUGGCUACAGUAUAAUGCAAAAAAUAUAUUUUUUAAAUGAAAAGUAUUUUAAAUUUUAAUACCUAAAGUUCAGAUGAUCUUUUUAUCCUGAUAUCAUAAAUCAUCAUUCUUAUGUGCCUUAUUAAAUAAAAGCUAUAUACACCCAAA